AUGUGUUGGAUGCGUUUGUUUAUCCUCCCAGUGAUGGCUGAUGAGGAUGAGUACCGAUGCUUCGUUGGGAACCUGUCCUGGUCCACAACUGAUGAAAGCCUCAAAGAUGCAUUCUCAAAAUACGGCAAAGUUACCGAGGCAAAGGUGGUUAUGGACAAGUUUUCUGGACGUUCACGUGGAUUUGCCUUUGUGACCUUUGAUGAGAAGAAAGCCAUGGAAGAAGCUAUCGAGGACAUGAAUGGAUUGGACUUGGAAGGGAGGGCCAUCACUGUUGAUAAAGCUCAGCCUCAAGGGGUUGGUAGAGAUCGUAACGGUGACCGUGAUUUUGAUCGUGACCGUGGGUCUCGUGGUGGCCGUGACUAUGGCGGUGGUCGUGCGCCGCGUGGUGGUGGUGGUGGUGGGGACUGCUUCAAGUGCGGCAAACCUGGACACUUUGCUAGAGAGUGCCCGGAUGGUGACGGCGGGAGAGGUGACCGAUAUGGUGGCAGAGAUGAUAGGUAUGGUGGUGGUAGAUCUGACCGUGGUGGCGACCGUUCUGACCGUGGCGGCGAUCGUUCUGACCGUGACCGUUCUGACCGUGGCGGCGACCGUUCUGACCGUGACGGUGAUCGAUCUGAGCGUGGCAGUGACCGAUAUUCUAGCCGUAGCCGAGAUGGUGGGAGCGGGGGUGACCGCUACAGUCGUGACCGAUCAGGUCCGUACUGA